AAAUUGCAAAAAAAUGUGGCAGGUGGCUGUGGUUCAAUGAAAUUUUUUAUUUUAGCAAGCCUAUUUUAAACAAUAAUUACGUCAAUAAUGUUUUUUCUAACUAUAAGCUAAUGUUAAAUAUGCUAUUCGUUUAGUUAUAAGUGGAACUUGUUAUAAACAGUUCGCCAUCAUGUUCUCCGGAAAAGAUGCCGCAAACUCUUCAUAUCCUACGCAGUGGGCUUUAAAUCCCACUGCGUAUCAGAAUGUGGAUUCAAGCCAGGUGGACUGGGCUGCAUUAGCGCAACAAUGGAUCGCUAUGAAGGAGGCUGCGGCCAUAGUGGCUCCGCCGCCUCCGAAGCCCGAAGAAGAAGGCGAAGCACCGAUGGAGGUUGAAAACCCAGAGACCAACUGUGAGUCGCCGAAUGCCGGCAACUCUGAGUGGAACGCUUCUUCUAACUCAUGGGGUACUGGUACCUGGAAUCAAUGGGGCUGGGGUUGGCCCAAUAGUGGACCAGGAGACCCAAAGAUGACUGGUGAUGCAUCAAUGAGCAUGCCUCCAAUGAUGGAUGGGUUUUCCUCAGAUAACUCUGCUCCUAUGCCUGGAUACUCGACAGGCUCGACGCCCGCGCCCACAUUCCAGCACGGCUACUGGACGGCGCCGCAAGCCGACCAGAGCAGCCGCGGCAGCAGCAGGAGUCGCGACCGCCGCUCCAAGAGCAAAAACAGAGAUAGCAAGUCCAGCAGAAGUAGACCACCAAGGGAAAAGCCCCUCAUGAUCCCUCCGCCAGUGAUAGAGCCGGUGGCGGUGCCCGCGCCCGUCGCCACGCCCACCAUCGACGCGGCCAAGCGCCGGCAACUGCCCGCCUGGAUAAGAGAAGGUCUAGAAAAAAUGGAACGCGAGAAACAGAAGGCAAUAGAGCGGGAAGAGGAGCUGAGGGCGCGUGCGCUCGCGGAGCAGGAGAAGAAGAGACUGGAGGAAGAGCAGCUCGCGCGGCUCAAGGCGGCGGCCGGCGGCGAGCCUGCCUUGCCGGCGAAGAGCAAAUUUGAGUCGGAGUCUUCGGAUUCGGAGCUGGAGGACGCUGCAGCGGAGGAGCCGGUGGUGCCCCCCGCGCCCAUCAUCAGUGAAGAACCAGUGGAGGAGCCUGAACCCGCGCCGCUCGGGAACAAGACCAGGGAGGAGAUCAUGCAGGAAGUGAUGCUGGCCGUCCGUCGCUCGCUGACGGAAAUCCUGCUGGAAGUGACGGACGGCGAGGUGCGCGCGGUGAGCCAGGAGGAACUCACGCGGUAUAUCGCCGCUCAAGCGUCGCGACUCAACGCUAUGAAGGCGAGCAAGUCCAAGGCUCUCGCGUCCAUCGCCUCCGGGCUCGGGCUGGGCGCGUACGAGAGCAGCGACGACAGCGACGACGAGCCCAACGACCUCAGCGACCAGCAGCUGCAGGACAUCAUAAGGCGCAAGAGACAGGAGUUCGAGCGGACCUCGCGUGACAUAGAGGCCGAGGUGCGGCGCGCCGAGCUGCGCGAGAGUGGAGAGGAGCCUGCGACGCCGGCCGACGUCACGCCCGACCGACCCAGGCAGUCUCGAUCUUCAGCGACACCACCGCCGAUUGACAGUGAUACACCUGAGAAAAAACCUGAACGUCGCCAUUCAAAAGAUAAAAGAAACAAUCAUAAAGGCACUGAUAAAGUAGAUGGUUCCAAAAAUUUGGAGGCGAUUCCGAUUCCCGAAGAGAAACCAAAACGAAACAACAAACACGAUAAAACUCCAAGCCCCCAAAAACCCAGCAAAUCAAGCAAAGACAGUUCCAACUCAAGUUCUAGUGAUUCCGAAGAUGAUUCUUCGUCUAGUUCUAGUGAAUCAUCGUCGGAAAGUGAUCCCCAAGUCAAAGUUGAGAACAGUCGCCCCAAGAAACGCAAACGUAGGAGCACUAGCUCGAGCGAGUCCCAAAAGAAGUCAAAGAAGAAUAAAAAAGACAAAUCACACAAAUCAAACGAAAAAGAUUACUCAAAGUCAAAACAUCAGGACGAGUUCGAGAAGUCUGAAAAAUCGAGAUCCAGAAAAAGAGACGAUUACUACGACAAACAUAAAUCUAGAAGUAGGGACUACGAAAGAUCACACAAGGACAAGUAUAGGGACGCAUCAGACGACGAGAAACCGAGGAAACGUUCCAAAAGAUCGCGUUCGAUUAGUUACGAAUCGCGAUCGGGACGACGGAGAAGUAGAGAUCGAUCCGAAGAGAGAUCUCGUAGGCGGGAUAGGAGAUCUUACGAUAGGGAUAGUUUCAAGAGGGAUAGGUCUUACGAUAGGUCGCGAGACUACGACAAGUACGAUAGGUAUGAGCGCUCUAGGGACGACCGCCACGACAGUAAGAUGGACUUUUUAUCACAUAAUCGAAACCUCAAGAUGCAGUUGCACAUCAGAGGACAGUCUACCCACAUUCUUGAUGUCAAUGGAGAGGAGUCCAUUGCUCAGAUCAAGGACCGUGUAAGAGCACUCUCAGACGUGGGUGGUGAGGACUUCACGUUGUCUGCGUGUGGCGCCCCACUUGAUGAUGGUAUCCUCGUGUCUGAACUGGCUUCCACAGAACUUGACCUGACAGUGCCACUGCUUGGUGGUAAAGUGCACGGUUCUUUGGCUCGUGCUGGUAAGGUGAAAGGACAGACUCCAAAGGUUGAAAAGCAGCAAAAGAAGAAGAAGAAGACUGGCCGUGCCAAGAGGAGGAUCCAAUACAAUAGAAGAUUCGUUAAUGUUGUCCAGACCUUCGGCCGUCGUCGUGGACCCAACUCCAACUCCUAGAUCUAUUGUUUGUAAAUAACAUGCAAAUAUAACAACUAAUUUGCUCCAA